CCUUGCUCUGUGCUUACUAGUAGGUAACUGUCCAAGAAGGAAGUAAGGCUGGCGAGGUGCCUGGAGGGCAGGAGUGAGGUUGGUGCAGGCUCCGCACCAGCAGCCAUCAGCGCUGUGGAGGAGGAUCACGGGGUUGCUGAGCAGGUGGGAGUUUUAGCCGCUAGCCCAAAGCGCAAAGCUCUUGAAAAUUGCAUCAAGUCUAAAGUGAACUAGCUCCCUCCCAGGCAGAACUAUAACCAUGAGCAACAACAGAACAGACGUAACCCUUAAUUUUAUUUCUUCUUCUAUAGCUAUCCUUUUGUUUGGCUCAAACUAUGUACCACUUAAAAAAUUUCUUUUAUUUCCAGGAAUGUUUCUCCAGUGGGUGCUUUGUGCGGCUAUAUGGUUGGCUGCCUUGGUGGCCAAUCUGAUAUUACAUUGCCCUAAAUUUUGGCCUUUUGCAAGGCUGGAGGGCUGCAUUUGGGUAACUGGGAACAUUGCUGUUGUCCCAGUGAUGAAAAACACUGGUUUAGGUCUUGGUCUCUUAAUCUGGGAAUCAUUUCAUGCCACUGGUUGGACAAGCUCAAGGUUUGGCUGGUUUGGAAAGGAUGCAAAAGUAGCAAAACCACUGCUAAAUUACUUGGGCGUUGGGCUAUCAAAAUAUUGCUUUCAAUCAAGAUUAAUAGUAAUUAUUUGUUUUUUAAGGGACUGCAGUCUUGCAGUGAUAUUGCGAAUACUCUAUAGAUCCACAUUUAUGCCAAUCAUUUAUAUCAAGGACCACAGCAAAAGAAAUGAUAGUAUAUAUGCAGGGGAAAGCCAGUAUGAUUUAGACUAUGUUUGCAUCUUUCUUACAAGUACCAUCUACUUUCUGGCUUACUGUAUAGCCAUGAAAAAUAAUCCCAAAUUAUAUCCUGAAGCAGUCUUGCCAGGAUUUCUAUUGGGAAUACUGUGGGCAAUAGCCACCUGCCACUGGUUCAUCACUAAUCACUCUCUCAGCACUGUGGUCAGUUUUCCCAUAGGUGCAGGAUUUGUAGUUACAAUGUGCGGAGUCUUCAUGCUUAAAGAAAUACAGGGUCAAAAAAACUACCUAUUAAUAAUAUUUGCAUUUUGCAUCAUCUUGACUGGAGCAUUGUCCACUGCUUUUUCUAAAAUCUAGGAACCACAUGACCAGCAGGUGGCAGCAGGGAUUAAGAGGAGGCCUCUCCUGAACAGUAGACAGAUUAUGCUGAGAACAGAGAUCAUUUUCAUACCACAAAUGGAUCUCAACUCAUACUGGAGUGAGUAAAUUAUUAUUUUUUCAUAAAUAUGAGAAUGAAAGAAAACAUUUACAGUCAAGUACAAAAAUGAAGAAUUCUUCUGAUGAACUAUUUGUGAAGGUAGGACUUAACGGGUGAGUCUAA